UCAGCUUCAGCUACGACACUGAAUAAACCAAACCACUGCUACAACUAUUCCUCAAACAUUAUACUAUAAUAAUCUUUGUCAUUCAUAACAUAACAUAUUUUCAAUUCCAUUUCAUUUUUACUUUUUCUUUUUCAGUCUCAAACUUUGACUGCUGUUUCAUUAACACACCCUUCUCUAUUGUUUUCCUUAUAUUUCUCAUGCUAUUCUCCUUCCCUUGUUGACCUUCUCAUGCAUCAGAUAACAACUUAUCUCCAAUGUAUGUCACUCCUCGUGCAUCCAUCCAUCUGCUCUGCCUACACAUUCCAACUCCCACCUAAGAAUCCAUCCACUUUCAUCGUUAAAAACAAUUUUCUCGUCAACUUGAAGCAAAUGAAUCCUUUACUUGGUCAAGUUUGUGAACUGUGAGUGUUUGAAACUUGUAAAUUUGAGUCUUAGGUUAUAAUGAAGAUUUCAACACUUCAUGUAGUAGUUUUGCUCCUUCUGUGUUUUAUUUCAAUGCCACUACUAGUCAUUGGCCAAGAAAACUUGGACAAAGAUACAACUUUGAGAGUGCUUUUGGAAGUGAAGACAUUUUUUCUCCAAGACCCGCAAAAUGUUUUGAGUGAUUGGUCACAAGACAACACAGAUUAUUGUAGUUGGAAAGGUGUUUCAUGUGGUUUGAACCCUUUGGUGGAUGACUCUGAGCAUGUGGUUGGACUCAACCUUUCCGACUCGUCACUCACCGGGUCAAUUUCACCUUCACUCGGUCGUUUGAAAAACUUGCUCCACCUUGAUCUCUCCUCCAAUUGUCUCACAGGUCCCAUUCCAACAAAUCUCUCUAACCUUGUCUCAUUGGAAACUUUGCUACUGUUUUCUAACCAACUCAGUGGUUCUGUUCCUGUUGAGUUUGGCUCGCUCACGAGUCUCCGAGUUAUGCGGCUUGGAGACAAUGCAUUAACUGGUAUGAUUCCUGCAUCUCUUGGGAAACUGGUUAACUUGGUCAGUCUUGGUUUAGCUUCAUGUGAACUCACCGGGUCGAUUCCACCAGAACUCAGUCAACUCGGUCUCUUGGAGAAUCUUGUUCUGCAAGACAACGGGUUGAUGGGUCCAAUUCCAUCCGAGUUAGGGAACUGCUCAAGCCUCACUGUCUUCACCGCUUCUAACAACAAGCUCAAUGGCUCAAUUCCAAGUGAACUAGGUCAGCUCCAGAAUCUACAGCUUCUCAACCUUGGCAACAAUAGUCUAGCAGGAGAGAUUCCGAGUCAACUUGGUGAUAUGAGUGAACUCGUAUACCUCAAUUUCAUGGGAAACCAGCUUGAAGGUGCAAUUCCACCAUCUCUAGCUCAACUAGGUAAUCUUCAAAAUCUUGACUUGUCUAUGAACAAGCUAAGUGGAGGAAUUCCAGAGGAGUUUGGUAACAUGGGUCAGCUUGGUUUCAUGGUUCUGUCUGGUAACAACCUUAAUAGUGUCAUACCAAGAACAAUAUGUUCCAAUGCAACAAAUUUGGAACAUUUAAUGCUAUCAGAAAGUGGUCUUUUUGGUGAGAUUCCAGCUGAAUUGAGCCAGUGUCAGUCGUUGAAACAAAUCGAUUUGUCUAACAAUUCACUCAAUGGGUCUAUACCUCUUGAGCUCUAUGGAUUGGUGGAGUUAACUGAUCUAUUGUUAAACAACAAUAGUUUGGUUGGUUCCAUCUCUCCUUUUAUAGGGAACUUCAGCAGCUUGCAGACACUUUCUUUGUAUCACAACAAAUUGCAGGGUGAUCUUCCAAGAGAGAUUGGAAUGCUUGAAAAGUUGGAAAUUUUGUAUCUUUAUGAUAAUCAAUUAUCUGGGGAUAUACCUAUGGAGAUUGGUAACUGUUCAAGCUUGCAAAUGAUUGAUUUCUUUGGAAACAGUUUCAAGGGGGAAAUUCCCAUCACUAUUGGAAGGCUAAAAGAGUUGAAUUUCCUUCACCUCAGGCAGAAUGAGCUUGUGGGUGAGAUUCCUGCAACCUUGGGGAACUGUCAUAAACUGAAUAUCUUGGAUUUGGCUGAUAAUCAGCUCUCUGGCGCAAUUCCUGCAACCUUGGGAUUCCUUGAGUCAUUGCAGCAGCUCAUGCUCUACAACAACUCUCUUGAAGGUAACCUUCCUCACCAAUUGAUAAAUGUAGCAAACUUGACCAGGGUGAAUCUUUCAAAGAAUAGAUUGAAUGGCAGUAUAGCUGCUUUGUGUAGCUCUAAAUCGUUUCUUACUUUCGAUGUUACCGAUAAUGAGUUUGAUGGUGAAAUUCCGCCUCAACUAGGAAACUCGCCCACUCUUUAUAGGAUAAAAUUAGGCAACAACAAAUUUUCUGGUGAAAUUCCGAGGACAUUGGGAAAAAUCCAUGACCUGUCGGUGUUAGUUCUAUCAGGAAAUUCACUCACCGGACCAAUACCAGCCGAGCUGUCUUUGUGCAAUAAACUUGCUUACAUUGAUUUAAACAGUAAUCUUCUUUAUGGACAAAUACCAUCAUGGCUGGGAAAAUUACCUCAGUUAGGAGAGCUUAAGCUCUCCUCCAACAAUUUUUCCGGACCUCUUCCAUUAGGCCUAUUCAAAUGUUCCAAUUUACUAGUUCUCUCUCUGAAUGAAAACUCACUCAAUGGAAGCCUCCCAGCUGAUAUUGGUGAUCUUACAUAUCUUAAUGUCCUUCGACUUGACCGUAAUAAGUUCUCUGAACCAAUCCCUCCUGAGAUAGGUAGGUUGAGCAAGCUUUAUGAGCUGCAGCUCUCCAGGAAUAGCUUUAAUGGUGAGAUCCCAAGUGAGAUUGGAAAACUUCAAAAUCUACAAAUCAUUGUAGACCUCAGUUACAAUAAUCUCUCAGGUGGCAUACCAUAUUCUCUAGGGACUAUGUCAAAAUUGGAAACACUUGAUCUUUCCCACAAUCAACUUACUGGAAAAAUCCCUCCACAAGUGGGUGAUAUGAGCAGCUUGGAAAAGCUUGAUCUCUCUUACAACAAUCUUCAAGGGAAAUUGGACAAGAAGUUUUCCCGGUGGCCAGAUGACGCAUUUGAAGGAAACCUAAAUCUUUGUGGAAGCCCUCUUGACCGCUGCGACAGUGAUGAUACUUCUGGCGGUAAGCAGUCACGCCUAAGUGAGUCAACAGUGGUGAUAAUAUCUGUCAUUUCAACUUCAGCUGCAAUUGCACUAUUGAUACUUUCAGUAAGAAUGUUCUGCAAAAACAAGCAAGAAUUCUCAAGGGAAGACAGCAAAGUGACUUCUUAUGUCUACUCUUCCUCUUCAUCACAAGCACAGAGACGACCGUUGUUCCAGCUAAGAGCUGCUGGAAAAAGGGAUUUCAAUUGGGAAGAUAUCAUGGAUGCAACGAACAAUCUAAAUGAUGACUUCAUGAUUGGUUCGGGAGGUUCAGGGAAAGUCUACAAAGCUGAAUUGGCCAGUGGAGAGACAGUUGCUGUCAAGAAGAUUUCAUCAAAAGAUGACUUUCUGUUAAACAAAAGUUUCUUAAGAGAAGUUAAUACACUGGGGAGAAUAAAGCAUAGACAUUUGGUGAAGCUAAUAGGAUUCUGUAGCAGUAGAAACAAAGGAGCAAGUUCGAAUUUAUUGAUCUAUGAGUACAUGGAGAAUGGAAGUUUAUGGGACUGGCUUCACAGGAAACCAAACAUCGCGAGCAAAGUAAAGAAGAACCUUGAUUGGGAGACAAGAUUCAAAAUUGCUGUGGGUUUAGCUCAAGGAGUGGAGUACCUACAUCACGAUUGUGCACCAAAGAUCAUUCACAGAGACAUCAAAUCCAGCAACAUAUUGCUAGAUUCCAAAAUGGAGGCACACUUGGGAGAUUUUGGACUGGCAAAAGCACUCAUUGAAAGUUAUGACUCAAAUACUGAGUCAAAUUCUUGUUUUGCAGGGUCUUAUGGCUACAUGGCUCCAGAGCAUGCAUUCUCCCUGCGGUCAACAGAAAAAAGUGAUGUUUUCAGCAUGGGAAUAGUUCUUAUGGAACUUGUUAGUGGUAAAAUGCCAACAAGUGACUUUUUUGGAGCUGACAUGGAUAUGGUGAGAUGGAUGGAGAUGCAUAUUAAUAUGCAUGGCUCUACCCGUGAGAAACUGAUAGAUCCUGAACUGAAACCUCUUCUACCCAGUGAAGAGUUUGCUGCAUUCCAAGUGCUUGAGAUAGCCUUGCAAUGCACCAAAGCGACACCACAGGAGAGGCCGUCUUCAAGGAAAAUAUGUGAUCUUCUCCUCCAUGUAUUCAAUAACAGAAGGAUGGACUUAGAGAAGAUGAAGUUGGAUUAUCACAAGUAAAUUAAUAUACGAAGGGUUUAAACAAAUCCUAAUACUAUCAGACUCGACGUGAUACUUUUUUUUGCUCAUUUAUUGUUCUUUUUUCACAUGUAGAUCUGGUGUAAAGAAACAGUGACUUAAUUGCUGUUGUUACGUAAAUGUUACAAUAGCCGAAAUUGACAGCAGUUCACGUUACUUCCA